AUGCCAGAUUCAGUAGUUCAGUUGCUAUGUGGUGUUAAGAAUGACCCAUGGGGCAAGAAGGGAAAGGAUUCCCUCGCCGGUGUGCUCUGGUCCAAAACACCCGGAGCGGGAGAGGUUGAUGAUUCCAAGACCUAUUCUGAAAUGUGGAUGGGAACAUACCCUACAGUUCCCUCCAAAAUCCUGUCUACAGGACAGCUGCUGAGCGACUACCUGAAAGAGAACCAAGAGGUUGUGGGCAAGUCCGCGUUGGACAAAUGGGGUCCGGAGGUGCCUUACCUACCUAAGAUCCUCUCUUUCUCCAAGGCGCUCCCCCUGCAGUUACACCCUGACAAGGCUCUAUCCGAGAAGCUUCACCAGGAGGACCCGAGCAAGUUCGGUGAUCCCAACCACAAGCCGGAGAUUGCCAUCGCGUUGUCGAAGUUCGAGCUCUUUGCGGGCUUCAAGCCCUUGGCCGAGAUCGAGCAGCUGCUGAAAGUCAAGCCGCUCGAUCAGUUUGUGCCCCCGGGCCAAACCUCCGGCCUCGACGACGAGCUGCUCCGCGAGAUCUGCCGGAUCCUGUUGACGCUGCCCCCCUCCAUUGUCGCCGAGACGAUUAAGGAGCUAUUGGAGAUCCCGGAAUCGCGGUUCGGGCCCAACCAGCGGUACAUCCCUGGUCUCCUCGACCGGUUACGCAAGCAAUACCCGGAGACCGACAACGGAAGCUUAGUGGCAGUGCUACUUAUGAACUACAUGACGCUGGGGCCCGGGGAGGCGGUUUGCGUUCCGGCGGAUAGUAUCCACGCGUACCUGCACGGCGAUAUCAUGGAGUGCAUGGCCCGGUCGGACAACGUGCUCAACACGGGCUUCUGCCCCAAGGCCGAGAAGGACAGCGUCGACCUCUUCACCCGCGCGCUGUCGUUCAAGCCGCAUGGCCCGGACGAGGCGAUCUUGCCGCGCCGGAAGAGCGACAAGGGCGAGCACUUCAAGACGGAAGUGUACGCCCCGCCGUUCAGUGAGUUCAAUGUCCUGGGCACCAGUCUGGGGGCCGGCGAGAAGGAGACAUACAAGCCAGUCGGCGGUCCUAGUCUGUUGAUCGUGACCAAGGGCAAUGGCACAAUGACUGUGGCCGGUGGUGACGGGACGACUUUCGACUUGCGCGAGGGCUAUACGUACUUUAUCGGGGCGGGGGUGGCCUUGGACCUGAGCACGGAGAAAGGCAUCGCGGUAUACCGCCCGUAUGCGGAGUAG